CGGCGUCCCUGCACCCUCCGCCAGGCCCCGCGGGAUGCACCGUGGGAGCCGAGGGCGGAGGCGACACUCUCAGGUAAAUUGGCAAGAUGAGGAGCAGCAAGUCAAAAGAGGUGCCUUUACCAAAUCCAAGGAACUCUCAAAGCAAGGAGACUGUUCAAGUAGAUGUAACCACAUCAUGGGAUGCACUUUCUCAGACCAAGGCUGCUCUGAGACACAUUGAGAACAAAUUAGAAGUAACCCCUACAUGUACAGCUGUGGUCGAUUCUGUGAUGGAUACUAAGAAGUCUGCAAGUGCUACCCGAAAAAUAAGUAGGAAAGAUGGUAGAUGUCUAGAUGAUUCUUGGGUCAGUGCUCCAACUUCCAAACUUUCUAAACCACGGAAAGAAAAAUCUCGUAGUCCUCUCAGGGCUACGACCUUGGAAAGUAAUGUUAAGAAAAACAAUCGUGUGGAGUUCCGAGAACCUUUGGUUUCUUACAGGGAAACUCACGGCACACCUUUCAGCUUAAGUCCCAGUCAUCUGGAGUCAAAGCAUGUCUAUUGUAUUCAUGAGGAAAAGCCCGAGACUGGGAAGCAAAUGGUAGUCAGUCAGGAAGACUGGAAUAUCCAUUGCUGUGAUUUUGAGAGUGUUCAACCCUCUGUCAUCAGUGAUACAGUUGUUAGAUUUUUAAAUGAUGGACCAGCAAUUGAUGCAUUGCACAGUUCUGAAUGUUUAAUGAAAAUGGGAGUACAUGUAAGAACUGAGGAAGAAAUGCCUAACAGAACAAAAGGAAGUGAGAACAAUUCAAAGCCUUCUCUUGGUAUGGAACAUGAUGUUGAUCCAAAAGUGUUGCUGCUGUCUGACUCUUCUCCAUCCUCUACUAGUGCCUGUAAUUCCCAAAGAUUAGAUAUUUCGAAGCGGCAACAGCAUGAUGUUAAACUGGAAAAACUUAAAGAGCGGAUUAGGAAACAGUGGGAACACUCAGAAGAAAUAAAUGGCCAGGCCCAGACUCUAGGUCAUAUUGACCAUCCAGUAAUGGUUGUUAAUGUUGACAACUCCGUGACAACAAAAGUCAGGAAAGUGGCAACAGCACCACCUGCUCCAGCAUACAAAGGUUUCAACCCCUCAGAGACCAAGAUUCGCACUCCUGAUGGAAAAGUGUGGCCGGAGGCGGAAUUUCUGAGCAGAGAGCUGUACCGAGACUUAGCACUUCAGUUCACAGAUGAUACCUCUGUAAAAGAGAAGCCUGUUGAAAAAAGUAAAGAGAAGAAAGUGGUUAAACCAGUACGAAAAAUUCAAAAAGCGACACAGUUGUCAAAUCCAGAAUGCAAAACAGGUAGUAGUCGUUUGAUAAGUACAUCUUCUUGGCGAGAUGGACAAAAAUUAGUAAAGAAGAUUCUGGGACCUGCACCCAAGAUGGAGCAGAAACAGCGAAGACCCACAUCGAGUGACAGAAGUGGAAGAGAAAGACUGGCUAAAUUUGGGGGCCAUAUUGGAAGAGCAGAAUCAGACCCCAAGUUGGAUGUUUCACAUAAACAGCUUCCACGAAGCUCAGAGCGUUCAAGAAGCAGAGCUUGGUCUGAAAAUACGAUAGUGAAAUCAGCUCUGUCCCUUCCAGACAAUAAGCAGGAGGAAAAUGCUGCCUUAAACAAGGAUUUUCUGCCUGUUGAAAUUCGUGGGAUUCUUGAUGACUUACAGCUAGAUUCUUCGGCUCAAACUGUGAGGCAAGAGGUUGGAGAAGUACAGAAUCAGAAGUCAUCGGCCCCUGUACAAGCUUCCAGGAGUCACAGCCCUGUGAAAAGAAAGCCUGACAAAAUAACAGCGAGUGAGGAUCCACCUGUGAUUUCCAAGAAGCGCCACUAUGACACAGAUGAGGUGCGACAGUACAUUGUUAGACAGCAGGAGGAGAGGAGGAGGAGGCAACAUGAAGAGAAGAAGGCUCAGAAGGAGGCUACGGAGCAGAAGAACAAACGAUUACAGGAGCUCUACCGGAGACAGAGAGAAGCCUUCUCUAAAGCAAAACCUGUGCCUCCUUCUGAUCCAUCGGCCUCUAGACGGCUACAGGAAACUUACUCCAAAUUGCUACUGGAAAAGACUUUGCUUGAAGAGCCAGCCCGUCAGCAUGUUACACAGGAAACACAGACCAGACCUGGGUAUCAACCAUCUGGAGAAUCUGAUAAAGAAAACAAAAUACAGGAACGUCCCCCAAGUGCGUCUUCCAGUAGUGACCUGUCCCUGUCAGAACCUCCACAACCUCUUGCAAGAAGAGACUUGAUGGAGCCGACAUGGAUGCAGCCUGACAGGUUGAGCCCUAGAGGUCAUAGUUCUCAAGCACAGCCCCUGGUUGGAACGGCUGAAAAUUUACUCUCUCAUCUCUUGCAUCUUGAGCACGUAGGAAUUUUGCACAAGGACUAUGAAUCUGUUUUACCAGCCAAGAAGAGUCAUAAUAAGGCUUCAGGACCGUUAACUUUCACACCUCAACCAUAUCUGACCUCACAAGCUCCUCAUCCAGAUGCCUUGUUAAAACCUAGUACCAGCCAAUAUAAGAGUAAACUGGAUCGUAUUGAAGCCCUGAAAGCAACAGCUGCUUCUCUGUCCAGUAGAAUUGAAAGUGAAGCUAAGAAACUAGCUGGGGCCAGCAUUAACUAUGGGUCAGUGUGGAACACUGAGUGUGAUGUGAAGGUAGCACCUCAAGAGAAUGGACCUUGGACUAAAGCUAUCAGUCCACCUGUGAAAGAGGACAUUGAAGAUGCGUUCUCCGCCCGGAUUCAGAAGAUGCUGGGAACCUGUGUAUCUCAUGCAACUUUUGAUGAUGAGCUUCCUGGUGUAGGCAGUCUUAGUGAAUAUAAAAAACUUCCUGAGAUGAUCAGACCCCAGAGUGCCAUAUCAAGCUUGAGAAUGAAAUCCCCUAGUCCUAAGCCAGGAGGGCUGCUGGCACAGUUGUGCAGGAGGCAGACAGAUUCUUCUAUCUCUGACAUACAAGCCUGUUCUCAAGAAAGAGCCAAAAGGUCUCUUUGUUCCAGCAUAGACUCAGUCAGUGAAGGGCCUCUUCUUAGUGAAGGAAGUCUCUCUGAGGAAGAAGGACACCGGGAUGCAAGACCUCUUUUGAAGGUAGCAGAAAUCUUAAAGGAAAAAGAAUUCUGUGCUGGAGAGAGAAAUUCUUAUGAACCCAUCAAAGAGUUUCAGAAAGAAGCUGAGAAAUUCUUGCCACUUUUUGGGCACAUAGGUGGUACACAAAGCAAAGGACCAUGGGAAGAACUGGCAAAGGGAAGUCCACACAGCGUCAUUAAUAUUUUUACCAAGUCAUAUCAGUUAUAUGGAAAAGGGUUUGAAGACAGGGGGACAUUGGUAUCACGGCCUUUGAAUGCCACCACAACCCCACUCAGCAGCGUUUCGUAUGAAGAUGAUUUUGUCUCCUCUCCAGGAAGUGGGACACUGACAGAAAAGAAAUCAACUCUUGAAUCUCAAAUUGAUGGUAGCAACUUAGGCAUUCAGGAGGACCAUUCUAGCAGAAAGUUUGCCUAUGACCUUGGCUCUGUGGAUGCUACCUCACAGCAUUCCUCCGGAGCCCACUCUGCUGUAUCAACUCGCUCAUCUGCUUCUAAAGGAAAGAAAGGAAAAAAGGAAAAGAUGGACUGGUUGGAUUCAUUCACUGGAAAUGCUCAGAACACAUUUACUGAUGAGGAAAAAGUCCAAUCAGACUCAGAGCGUGGCUCCCAUCCAGGAAGGAAACUUGGGGCUAGCAACAAACUUGGAAUUAGAGACCAUGAGCAGACUCUGGAUGCUGAGAGCACAUUGGAGGAACUUUCUGGGCAUUCUGUAAGUGGCUCAUCAGACAAGGGAAGAUCUCAGAAGACUCCAACUUCUCCCCUAUCUCCAAGUUCACAGAAAUUGUUACAGUUUGACCUUCCUGGGACCUCUUUAGAGAGGUCUAAGUCCUCAGUCAUAGUACCUCCAACUACAACUGGAUUUAAGCCCACUGCAGUUUUCACUGAUGUGAAUAAAACAGAGAUGGCUUCAACACCAGGUUCUAAGCGUUUCUCUCCUGCUGGCCUUCAGCAUCGCAUGGCUGCAGAACUCAGUUACCUGAGUGCCAUUGAGGAGUCAGUUCGUCAGCUGUCUGAUGUGGAAAGAGUUAGAGGCAUUGCCCUCGCUCAGCAGGAGAGUGUAUCUCUGGCUCAGAUCAUAAAGGCACAGCAGCAACGUCAUGAAAGAGAUUUGGCUUUAUUGAAGUUAAAAGCUGAACAAGAGGCUCUGGAGUGUCAGAGACAGUUAGAAGAAACCCGAAACAAAACAGCUCAGGUCCAUGCAGAAUCAUUACAGCAGGUGGUUAAAUCACAAAGAGAAGUGACUGAAGUCCUCCAGGAAGCUACGUGUAAAAUAACAGCUCAGCAAUCAGAGACUGCACGCCUCACCACAGAUGCAGCUCGGCAGAUCUGUGAGAUGGCAGAACUAACUCGAACACACCUCGCAGAUGCCAUCACGACUUCUGGAGUUCCCCUAGCAACACUGUACAACCACCAGCGGCAGCAUUUUCCAGACUACAUGAAACAACUGAGGACCAAAGCUGAAACAGAUAGAAUAAGUCAUUCUGCUUCACUCUCCCAGAGUAAAGAAGGAACUCUGGACUCAAAGCGUCAGAAGUAUUCCCCUUCCCGGGAUAGUUAUUCUGAGUCUUCAAGAUACAGGAGUCACGAUUAUCGGAGAAGUAGUAGUGGUAGCAGCCGACAAGACAGCCCUUCAGUUCCACCUAGCAAGGAAAAUGAGAAGAAAUUUCACGGUGAAAAGAUGGAGGGUUCAAUUGAGGAACAGCUUCAGACAGCUGCUGAUGAUUCUUUACGAAGUGACAGUAUUCCAUCUCUUCCGGAUGAGAAAGACUCAACUUCUAUUGCAACAGAGUACUCCCUGAAAUUUGAUGAGUCUAUGACAGAAGAUGAAAUAGAAGAAAAGUCAUUUCGAUCCUUACUACCUUCUGAGAGUCAUCGUAGAUUUAACAUGGAAAAGAAAAGAGGCCAUCAUGAUGACUCUGAUGAGGAUGCUUCCCCAGACAAGACUGCACUGUCUUCUACCAAGGAGCUGAGCAUGCCGUUCUCAGGAGGACAGGAUAGCUUUUCUAAGUUCACUAUGGAGAUGGUGCGACAGUAUAUGAAGGAAGAGGAAGUGCGUGCAGCUCACCAGUCCUCACUUCUGCGGCUUCGAGAAAAGGCCUUAAAGGAGAAGACAAAGGCCGAGUUAGCCUGGCUAGAGCAUCAAAAAAAGCAUCUACGAGACAAAGGAGAGGAUGAUAAGAUGCCCCCACUCCGGAAGAAACAGCGUGGUUUGCUUUUAAGACUUCAGCAAGAAAAGGCAGAAAUAAAACGUCUUCAAGAAGCCAAUAAGGCAGCUCGGAAAGAAAGGCAGCUGAUUCUUAAGCAGCAGGAGGAGAUAGAACGGAUCCGUCAGACCACCAUAAAACUUCAGGAGAAGUUGAAGUCUGCCGGGGAGAAUAAAUUGGGCUCUCAUGAUGAUGACAAUGCAGAGGAGAACAAGGCAGCUAGUCCUGAUCCACCUGGCUUGGAGACCCGCAGUCCUUCCCCAGUGUCUAUCUCCAGCAGUGAGACCAGCAGCAUCAUGCAGAAACUAAAGAACAUGAGAAGCCGCAUGGAUGAAAAGUUUCUGACAAAGCGAGAACAGAAGCUAAUGCAGCGCCGACAGCAUGCGGAGGAGCUUCUGGAGUGGAAGCGGCGUCUAGACGCAGAAGAAGCAGAAAUCCAACAGAUGGAAAAACAAGCUUUGGCUGCCUGGGACAAAGAACUAGUAAAACCCAAAACUCCUAAGAAAGAACUGGAGAGCCAGCGAACAGAGCAGAAAGGAAUAGCAAGUGAAGAGGGAUCUCCGAUGCCUUCCUACUCUCCGCGGAACACUGACAGUUGUAUUCCAGAAGAACUAGGCAGCCCUUCUGAUUUAUGUAUACCUUCUGAGUCUAGGGUACAGGCACAGCCUGGGAGUCCAGAUCAAAGUAUACUUACUGAGGAAAUGGCUUUCUCACAGGAACUGGAAUCUACCUCUCCUAGUAAACAUUCGCCUCUCAAAAGUUGCUUAUCUGUGUCAAAGCAAGAGUCUAGCAAAGCAAGUCAUAGGACUGAAGGACACUGUCAUCAGCCUGUCAAGUUUCACCAGCCCUGUUACAGUUGGUCAGAUGAGUCACUGUCUAUGACACAGUCAGAAACUACAUCUGACCAGAGCGACAUUGAAGGGAGGAUCCGAGCUCUGAAGGAUGAGCUGCGCAAGAGAAAGUCAGUUGUGGAGCAGCUGAAGAAGGAGCAGAGAAAAAGACAAAAGGAAAGACUAAAAGCACAAGAAGCCAGUCUGCUCAGACAGCUGGAGACGUAUGAUGAGUUCAUUAAGAAAACUGAAGGUGAGCUCAGCCAAGAUUUGGACGUAUCCCCAACAUCCAAACUUCAGAUUAAAACUCUCUCCUCCAUCUCUGAAAAACCCAAAAUCAAGCCACAUCCACUACACAGAUCUGAUACAGCAAAAACUUGGAAAUCUGUAACAGAGUCUGAGCGUUCCAGAGGGUCCUUGGCAUCCAUUGCUGAACAUGUUGAUUCUUCAUUAUCAUGUUCUGAGAGAGCCAUAUCAGAAAAGUCAUUAUCUGCCUAUGCAAAGAGAGGGGUUGAGUUGGACAGCCGGAUAGACCAUUUGCAAGCCUCAUCUCCAGUUCUGUCAUCAAGAAAAACGCAGACAGAGUCUAGAGAUUCUCUGGAAAGCACACCCUCAUUAUCUCCUGUGAAGGAAUUAAAUGCACCUGAUCAGAUUUAUGACGUGUCAGAGGCUAAGGCUGAAGAUUCUAGUCAGAAAUCAGAAAUACAAGAAAUAGAAUCCAUGAAACUGGAGAAGAGUGAGGUUGAAGAUCCCUAUUGUAAGCAGUCAGGGGGAUCUGAAGUCCUACUGAAACUAGACCUGACCUCUGAAACCCUGUCAGAUAAAGAGCUUCCCUCAGACUCUGCAAAUGUGCAGCAAGACUUAGUUAAAACAGCCACGGAAAUGUUUCAUGAAAAAGAGAAAGUACUGAAAGAGAAUCAGUCCAAUCAAAGUACAGAUGGCAGCAGUCAAGACAUCCAGUCAGCAGGAGGCAUUCCUGAACAAGAAUGCAGAGAGAAUGGGGACUCCACGUUGUCAGGACGCCUUUCUGUUCCUAAAGAGUCAUCCUACUCUGAAGAUUUUGAAGUGUCUUCUUUCAAGAAAGGGAUUUCUGCUGAUGAGAUUAGUAAAGAUGACUCUGAGGUGUCAUCAUUGUCACUCAGGAAAGACUCUGAGUCUCACAGAGAGAAGUCACAGCUCACGAGGAGCUCUAGAAGUGGAACCACUGGGUCUGGAAGUGAUGAGGAGAUCAGUGAGUGCCUCGGUGAGAAAAGCCUCUCUGUUCACAGUGGUGUCCACUCGGAGAGGCUGCUGGAGCUCAGGUCCCCGACGGAGCUAAUGAAGAGCAAGGAGCGCAGCGACGUGGGCCAUGAGCAGGGGGGUACUGAGCCCCUCCCCCUGGCUGCAGCUUCUGCCACAGAGGAGCUACUAGAUUUCCACAUUGGGGAUAGGGUGUUGAUUGGCAAUGUUCAGCCAGGUACUCUUCGGUUCAAAGGUGAGACUGACUUUGCUAAAGGAUUUUGGGCUGGAGUAGAACUGGAUAAGCCUGAAGGAAACAACAAUGGGACAUAUGAUGGGAUUGUGUAUUUUGUGUGCAAAGACAAGCAUGGUAUUUUUGCUCCUCCUCAAAAAAUAUCUCACCUCCUAGAAAACUUUGAUGACUAUAUAGACAUAAAUGAAGAUGAAGAAUCUUACUCAGAUGAACAGUACCAACCCUAUAAUCAAGAACAGAAAGAUAUAAAAUGUCUAAAAGACAGAGAAAACAAUAUAGCUGAAUAUUUUUGUGAGAAAUCACUACCUAGUAUGCAGAAUACAGAAGCCUCAGUAGAUAAAGAUAGAAGCCUUAAUAUAGAAACAGACACUUCUGAGAUCCUAGAAGUCCAUGAUCACCAAGAGUUUUCAGUAGAUCCUCUGAUUUCUUGUAAGGAGAACCAAGUCCUUGUUUCCAGUGCCACAGAAAGUGUUCCUGCUGCUGCAGGUGCUACUACUUCAGACAGCACGUGUUCUAAAGAAUCAAAGCAACAGCAGCCUGCAGAGAAGGAAGAGAACUUUUAUUCUCAAAUUUCAGAAAAGCCUUCUACCCCUCUUCUGGAUCUUUUAACAAGAGAAAAAAACCAAUUAGAAGCUCAGCUGAAGUCAUCAAUAAGUGAAGAAAAAAAGUCAAAGCAACAACUAGAGACAGUCAGCUUACUAACAGACAGUUUGUUACAAGUCUUUGUGAAAGACACAGUCAGUCAACUACAACAAGUCAAAAGGGCUAGAAAUGAGAAAAUCCAGCUUAGCAAUCAGGAGUUUCUUGACCAGAAAAAAGUACCACCCCAAGACCCACCCCAAAAUACUGAGGACCAAUCACCCAGUGUUCCAAGUUGCUUUUUAAGGCCUGAAUUGGAAGAUGAAAAAGAAGAGAUUUCUUCUCCAGAUAUGUGUCCCAGACCUGAGAGCCCAGUGUUUGGUGCCAGUGGGCAGGAAGAGCUGGCUAAGAGACUUGCUGAACUUGAGAUCCGCAGAGAGUUCCUGAGCGCAUUGGACGAUCAAGACUGGUUUGAUGAAGAUUUUGGUUUGAGCUCUUCUCACAAGAUCCAAAAGAGUAAGGCAGAAGAAACAGUUGUACCUCUAAUGGCAGAACCUAAACGAGCACCCCAGAAGCCAUGUGAGACAUUAUUGGCAGUUCCCCAUACGGCAGAAGAAGUCGAAAGCCUUGUACAUAAUGCAGCAGAGGAGCUUUGGAAAUGGAAAGAGUUAGGUCAGGACCUUCAUGGCCUCAGUAUUCCCACCAAGUUCCUUGGCUGUGCCAGUAAAGGUCUAGACAUAGGAAGCACGAGUAGAAGAGUCUACAAGCAGGCGGUUUUUGAUUUAACAAAAGAGAUUUUUGAGGAAAUCUUUGCUGAGGAUCCCAACUUGAACCAGCCUGUCUGGAUGAAGCCAUGUAGAAUCAAUUCUAGUUAUUUCCGACGUGUGAAAAACCCAAAUAACCUUGAGGAAAUCAAGCACUUCAUAACAACUGAAGUACUCAAACUGUUCAGUCUUAAGAAGGAGCCAAACCACAAAACAGACUGGCAGAAGAUGAUGAAGUUUGGACGGAAGAAGAGAGACCGAGUAGAUCACAUCCUGGUCCAGGAACUCCACGAGGAGGAGGCGCAGUGGGUUAACUAUGAUGAGGAUGAGUUGUGUGUGAAGAUGCAGCUGGCUGAUGGGAUCUUUGAGACCUUGAUCAAAGAUACUAUUGAUGUUCUCAAUCAGAUCAGUGAAAAGCAGGGGAGAAUGCUACUUGUGUGACAUCUUGCAAAUAAAUCGAACACUGAGUGCUAACAUGAGUCCUGGGCCUUUCUGCCUCCUGAUAUACACCCCAUCUCCACCAUAACAAGAAUGCUUCUGGACCUUGAACCUGUUCUUAUGGACUGCUGGUUUGGAGUUCAUGGGACAAUAUGGUCUAUCUGGUAUUACAGCCUUUGCCUUUACAGACUGUCCACUGGAUUACAUGGUUCUUUCCUGUGGGCAGGGCUAUACUCUGAUGUUGAGACUUGGUAUCAGCUCAUUAGCACCCAUACCUACUAGGUCUCAGAUGAGGGCUGAGAACACCAGACUAACCUCUGAGCUUAGACAAGGCUUGAGUCUGUCUCCUCAUGAGACUUGAGUCUCCUCAUCAGGAAAGAGAGGUAUAUAAAUUCAUCUUUUAACUUUGAAAACAUAAUCCUGGUCUACACAAACUCAUAAGUGGACAGUCUAGUCUCUGAACAGUAUUAAACCCAUAACUACUUCUAAAAUAGGCAAACUCAAGAUUGUCUGCCUAUUUUACAUUCUGGACUUUAUUUCUUCUUGAAGACCAUUUUCUUCCAUUCUUGAAGUUGAGCAGCACCAAGUGGAUAUCAGAAACAAGUGGGAGCUUUGCUUUGGGUACCACCUAAAAACUAUAACCCAUUGCACUGUGUUUAAUUUUCCUGUCUGGGCAAAACCAAUGCCCCAGUGAAGACGAGGCUCCAGGACUGCUGCGGGCUGUUCCUCGGCCCGAGUCCCACCUCUGCUCUUUCCUCAUCUGUCCGAACCUCUACCAGCUGCUCUCAGAAUCGUAGAUACUCAGGACCAUCUCAGGCAUCCAGGCAUGGCAAAAGUGGAAAGAACUUAUUUUGGCCUUCAAACUUUGAAUUCCCAUCUCCCCCGAAGAAGUCAGAUGCUGUUACUUGAAUGAUUUAGGAAAUGAGUGUGUGCACCAAAGACAAGAAGAUACUGUCUAUAGUCUGCGUGCUUGUUUUGCUCUGUGGAAUAUUUUUAAUUUAUUUUAAGAUAAAUUAUUAAGUUGAAAAUGUGUGUCCCUAUUGAGAAGUGAAAGAUUCUCAUAAUUGUAAACCUCCGUCUCGAAGCUUCUACAGUUUAGUCUUCGCACAGGAAAGCUGCAGUUUAAUAAGUCUAUAUACACACUGAAGAAGUGAGUUCAGUUCGUCAAAAAGACAACAGGCAUUUACAGCGUCACCCGUGACAGCAGGAGCGGGAGAUGACUUGAAAGACUAGCGUCUAAUCCUGCCUUUCUUGCAGCCUUGCAUCUUACAACUCUUACCUGUAUCUGAGGAACAUCUCCAGACUCCAGCUGCUAUGUUCGAGCACAUGGUGCUCUCCUGGGCCCUUAGCACCUGCCUUCUUGACUGGUUUCUCUUCAUCAGUCCUGUCCUUCCGAAUCCCAGAGAAUGUGGAUGAUCUGAGGGGUGAGUGUAAAUGCCUUAACCUUAACAGUCCCGGCUAGAGCAGCAUGGUAAAACAUCCGCUGGGUUCACACUUACAGACACCCUGGACAUUAUGGCUUCAAAACACAUUAGAGAACCCAAAGACAGCGUACCCCUUCAGUAUGCACGUUUGUUCUUUUCUGCAUCUUCCUUCCCGACUUGCCUCUGCAUCUCAGAUGUCUCAUUCUGCACACGUCACUCCUCUUGCGUUUCAUCCUGUCAUUACACAACAUUUGCUGGAACCAUCAUUGGAUAUUUGCAUUUUGCACAGUGACUGGUGUGCUAGCUCUUGACAAUAAGAAAGCACUGAAAUGUUCCAAUUGGGUCUCCUGAAUGCUCAGGUGGGUGUCUCAUCAGCAUCUCUUUUGUGCUUUUGCUGUUGAGCUGUCGUCUUUAGCCAUAAUGAGCAGGUUGACUAAGAGAAGAAAGGUUUCUUGAGGUUCUUAACCAGUAGUGUGGAAAAUUUUCAUGAAAAUUUUCAUGUGACCAAUGAAAGCAAAGAUAGUUCUCUUCAGUUUUUGUUCUUUAGAAGACAGGAAACAUCUGUGUCUAUCCCUUGACUGUUUGUAGGAUCACAUUGUCUUUAUGAUACUGAACUUUACAGCUGCUAUAAGUUUUUUAUAAAUGAAAAUCAAAUUAUAAUAGGAAUAUAGGUUGUUUUCCAUGUCUUCAUUAUUUGGACCUGAAGUUAAUUUUUAAUAAGAAAGUGCAUCUUUUACUCUUUACAUUAUCAUGCCAGAAAAGGAAAAACAUACUGAUAUAAGUCCAUGGACUCAGCAGUCUGGACAGUGCCGGGACCGUGGCAGUGACCAUCCUAACCUCCUCCAGCUGUCUUCACUAUCGAAGAAUCCUGCAUUCCAGAUACGAGGCAGGAAUAGACCAGUCUCUUCCUUUGCUAGCAAUCAUAUCUACAGUUUGGUAGCAAAAAACUUUAGAGUUAACGGGUUUCUUCCCAUUUUAACUAUUUGGAUCUAACUGAGAUGGGUUUAUUGUUAGGGUCAGGAAUGACGGAUGUGGCUGCCCAGCUACUCACUCGUUCCUUACCGGGGUCUUUUUAAUGAAACCUCAUAACCAAGAACCUAAAUAUGCCCUCUUUCUAAUCUUUGCUCCCUCUCCCACAGCCUGUCCCCUCCUGUCUUUCUGCAUUGAUUCCUCUAAACGAUCUUUGCAUCCACAAUCCCUUUUAGUAUAGCACUGUCAGAACCUAGUAGAAAACCACCAUGUAGGCUUCAGAUUUACUUCUGAGUCCAAACAAUUUGUGCUAUCCAGGGCAGUUAACUCUGGGUUAAACUAGUACAGGGUAUCGAUUCCCUCUUCAGGUCUAAACAGGAAUUUUUAUUCUAGGGAAAAGUAGGAAGAGCUCAAAAGUAGUUAAAUAAGGAAGGUGACUUCCUUCUGUGACUACAGGUCUCUGAGAAAUUAUCUUUCAAAAGAGAUUGCAUUGCUCAUAAGAGUGUUGUGGCCUAUUGAUAAAAACAAUUUUGUUCACUUUCUUGUCUUGAAAAAAAGUGGCCUUAGCUUUUUGCAAUACUUGAAUAAAGUGUGUACUUGCAAAAGAAUUUCUGUAGCACAGCAUUAGAGACUCAUGACUUUUCUGCAAGAAAUUCAAACUUCCAUCUUCCUUUUACUACCUUAAGAAUACUAGUGACUAAAACAUUAAUUCCAAGAGCAAGUGAUAGAAACUACAAUGACGUUUAAUACAGAUUGUAGGAAUCUACAUGUUUACAAAUCAUCUGAAACUGGUUGUGCAGCAAUUCAAUAAAAUCCUUGUAUAUAAAAAUGUGAAGAAAAAUGUAAACUGGUGUAAAGGAGGUACUGUCAUUUUAAUUAACCUAUGUUUAAAAGCUUUUCCUUCUGGACUUUGCAAAGCCUUCUCGGUUACACAUUGCAAAGCAUUCUCUAGGGGGCUCAGCCUCCUUGUGUGUACUGUACUGUGCAGACAUGAAAAAUAAACCCGUUUACUGUGUGUGUGUAAAUAGCCUGAUCAUCAGGCCAUUUUCAGCCAAUAGUCACCCCGUGCAGCUCUUAGAAGUCUGCACAGAAGACUAAGGGUGUGGUUUGUAAGUACGCUCUGUAAAAUCCCAUGUAUACCUGUGUAAAUAGAUUUGUUAACUAAAAUGUACUUUAAGAUGAAAUCUGUAAAUAAAUUGAUUUAUAAAUUAA